CUCUUUUCGACCACUACCGUACCCUGCUUCCUGCGGUUGUACGAUGGCUGACGUCGAACCACCAUGAUGAAGACGACUACCUGUUCGAAUGCGAUCCGCGCAACUGCGAGAUUAGGCCUUGCGCCCCGACUACAACCUCUACUACUCCAGCGAAGCUAUGCGACACAGUAUGGUCUCGGAACGACCGCCUCGACAACUAGCUCGAAACGGAAGAAAGUCACGCCAUUCAACGACAAUGGAUCGGUACCUUGGUCGCAGCUCUCCGGAGGAGAAAAGGCAGCCAGGGCGACCCAGCAGACCUUCAACUUUGGGUUGAUUCUGGCUGGUAUCGCAGUGACGGGCGGAGUUGCAUAUGUUUUGUGGACAGACGUCUUCUCUCCGGACAGCAAAACCGCUGUCUUCAACCGAGUCGUCGACAAGAUCAAGGCUGAUCAGAAAUGCAUCGAAAUGCUGGGAGAUUCGAAGAAGAUUGUUUGCCAUGGCGAGGAAACAUAUAACAAGUGGCGACGAGCUCGUCCGAUUGCCUCUACUAUCAACACGGAUUCGAGAGGCCACGAGCAUAUGCUCAUGCAUUUCCAUGUCGAAGGGCCCCUCAACAGGGGCGUGGUUUACCUCCACAUGAUCAAAACGCCCAUCUCCGGCGAAUUCGAAUACAAGUACCUCUACGUUGAUGUGAGAGGGCACCAGCGACACUACCUUGAGAACGCAGAUACGGCGACCGGUUCUGGAAAGAAAGGCGUCAGAUUCCUCGGCAUCAACUGGGGAUGAUACCGAUAUGCAAAAAGGGCAGUGCGUUGAAGUAAGAGCAUGUACGAGAAGCAUUUCCUUGUAGUGUAAGAUAUCAGCAUCCUUGCCGAGGCUUGGAGGGCAUGUAGCACAUGUAUUGAUCUAUCCGAAUGCUUUCAGCUUGGCAUCGUUCUACCGUAAUCCAUGAUUUCGUCCCAAGAAUCUCGCUCUCGCCACCUUCAGACAACG